AUGGCGGCGAGCGAUCCGGGUACUCACGCACCCACGAUUCUCGAAUGCCUCGGCUCGGAGGAGCUGAUGCGACUCGUGACUGACCUCGUCGAGAAUGGCGACGCACUGUGUGCCGCGCUGGCUUGCACGGCCAUGCGCGACGCGAUUUGGGCUCGAGCUCCCAGGGCAGAGGAGGCAGAGUACACGUGGCACGUGAACAUGUAUGACGUGGCUCUGCGCGACACGGUCUACUCGCCUAUCUUCAAGAGCGGCCAGUGCCGCUGGCGACUCCUCCUGGACGCCGCGAAAAGCGACGACGCCUCCCACCUGUUCAGCGCGCUGAAGCCGAAUUUGGGCUACCCGAAGCUUGUGACGGUUGCGGAACUCUGCGAGGCGGGCUCCGGCUAUGUGGCAGACGGCAAGCUCGUGGUCUCUGUCAAGGUGCGCGCCCAGGCAGCGAGGCCGCCUUUCCUGUGGCGGCCGCGCCUCUGCACGCCCCUCCGAGACUGCUUAUCCUCGCCGGCCCGGCUGCGGUGGUGCAUCGAGACAUUUCCCGUGCUGCGGCCGCUUAUGUGCGAGACAGCGGCCGCCGUCGGGGAUCUGCACCUCUUCAAAAUGCUUCGCUGCUUGACCGAUGACGCAUACCUGAUGCCUUGGGACGAGGGCACCGCGCGAGCCGCGGCGCGAGCCGGCCACCACGAGCUGCUCAAGCUCGCGCGCGGUGUCGGUUGCCCUUGGGAGGAGGAGCACAUGCUCGAGUACGCUGCAGAGAGCGGGUCGGUAGAGAUGGCUACAUGGCUGCACGAGGAGGGCAUCCGGUGGUCCGGCAAGGAGCCAGGAAUCGCCGCCGCUUGCGGGCACCUCCAUUUUCUGCAGUGGGCCUUGGAAGCGGGUGGUGCCGCCUGGGACGCCGACAUGUACACGUGGCCGGCUGCCACGGGCCAGCUCGAUGUGCUACGCUGGCUGAAUGCGGAUCUGGACCUGCUGAGCGGAGACAGCGGCCCCCGUGGCUGGAGGUUCAAGGUCUGCUUGUAUGCGGCAGCGGGCGGUCAGUUGGAGGUGUUGCGAUGGGCGACGACAGUAGGUUCGGAGGAUGAUCCUGUCGGGCCGUUAACGGCGUUCAUAGUAGCGGAGACCCUCGAGGUCGCCGCAGCCAACGGCCGCAGGACGCAGGCCUUUGCAAACCUCGUCGACGAUCCGAUGAGCAGCUCGCAGAUGAGCGUCAUCGACAACCCGACGCCGCGGCCGCACGACACGGUGAAAAGGAACCGCAGCAGCAACGCGAACGCCGCGCUCGACUGCGGCGGCGGCAGCGGCGGCGGUCCAUCCGAGGCGGAGCACUCGAUCGGCGUCGCCCACCUCGCGGGAACGCUUCUCAAGCACCUGCGCGUCCAGCAGCCCGAGGACUGGCGCGCACUGGCACUAACACAGGUCGACACGCACGGUGGCGGUGGCGGCGGCGGCCCCGGCGGCGGUGGUGGCGGGGGAGGCGGCGGCGAGGGCGACGCAGAGGGAGGCGGCGGCGACGGCGAGGCGGACGGAGGCAGCGGCGACGGCGACGCGGACGGAGGCGGCGGCGACGGCGAGGCGGACGGAGGCGGCGGCGACGGCGAGGCGGACGGAGGCGGCGGCGAUGGCGAGGCGGACGGAGGCGGCGGCGAGGGCGAGGCGGACGGAGGCGGCGGCGAUGGCGAGGCGGACGGAGGCGGCGGCGACGGCGAUAUCGAGGGAGGCGGCGGCGACGGCUCAAGAGGACCGGGCAAUGAUGACAGCACGCCGGGGGACGUGCUGCGUGGCGGCGACACGAGAGCACCCAUCUAG